AUGGCGAAGGACUCUUUGAAGGCUGAGCUGCCCUUUCUUCCAAGCAAGCCAGCAGUGCAGCAAGCCUCCACCAUGGUUGCCGUGAACUCGACUGCCAACCCAGAGUCCCUUGCGGUUCUCACCGCGAUGGUGAAUCAGACACUCAUUGAGACGGGUCGGUUCUUUCGCUCGUCAGGGUCCAUGCUGUCGAGGACCCAGUUAAAGCGGGCGAUCCCACCGGCGCACGAGCAAUUUCAGAAUGCGUUAGAUAACCUAUCAGAGCAGAUCUUUAUCGCCAAGGCAUUCCUGGAAAAGGACUAUGAAGCUGUCCAGGCGAAGAAAACGACGCCGCCAGCUCCUGUACCAGCAGCGCCUACCGUUGAGCCUCAACCAGCAGAGGACGUUGUGAUGAAAGAAGAGCCAGUUGACUCGGGAGAAUUGGCCCAGGGAUCUGCCAAUCAGACAGGAGCGCUAUCGUCGGAGCAGAAAAAGGCUGACGAGAAGGGUGAAGGAAAGGUGACUCAAGCAGUGACUCAUCAGCAGACGGGACAAGAGAAGGAUGUAAAGACCGAAAAGCAAGAAGAAACGGGCACUCAGACAGGCCAGCAAUUGGGGGCAGGUGACGAGCUCUUCGGUUCCAUGCUUCCUGACACAGGCGGUGCUGGGCCCAACGAGUUCGACUUACAUCUCGAUUUUGGCAACGAUGAGAUUGGUAACCAGAACUUUCUGGCGGGAGCCAACUUCCUCGAUUCUGCGGCUGGAAAUAAUGGCGGCCAUGGCCAAGCAAAGGAUCAAGCCGGCUCUAUCAGCUCGUUGUUGCCGGGUCUCGAGAGCUAUGCUGCGAAUGCAACUGACGAAGAGUUCAAUAUGGAUCUGCAGAACACAGGAAACAACACUUCCCAACAGCAGGGUCAGCAGCAAUCAGAUGCGCAGAAGGACAAUAACAGCAACAAUCAAGAUGAAGUGAUGGCCCCAGGAGGAUCCAGCUUCGAUGAUCUCUUCAUGGAGAAUGAUAAUUUCGGCGGGGAUGGUGACGAUAACCUGCUUGGUGGGGAUGGGCUAAUGGACAUCGGGGAACUGGAUGAUUCCUGGUUUAACUGA